AUGUGCACUCACAACAUCAGAUCAGACACUUGCGGGACAACUGAAGGAACUCUCUUCUAUGCCCAGAAAAAGAUGUGGGAAGCUGAGAGCUACUACUGGAACAUUGUUGUGAAUUGGACUGCAGACUCAUCUGCCUACCUGAAAGCUACGAUGAGCUUCAAAGACCCACCAACACUUCAGCAGCUAGCAAGAAGAAGUCUGUUGAAAGAUGAAGCCUUGACCAUCUCUGCUCUGCCAAACCUGCCUGUGCAACUCUUCCCACCACUCUUCAAGGAUGCAUUCACCAGCAAACAACCUAAGAUCCUGAGUCUGAUGGUGGCAGCAUGGCCCUUCCCACUCCUUCCUGUGGGAGCUCUGAGUGGGAUUAAUCUCCUGGAGACCCUGAAAGCUGUACUAGAUGGCCUUGAUUUGCUGAUGUCACAAAAGGAUCGACCUAGCAGGUGGAACCUACAAGUGCUUGAUUUGGGAAAUGCCCACCAGGACUUCUGGGAUGGUUGGGCUGGAUUACUUCAUGAAGUCUGCUCUCAAGAUGUCUUUGGCAAGAACCAACCAGUGGGAAAUCAUCACAUCCUAGGGGAGAAACAGACCAUGACUAUAAAAAUGAAUCUUUCCCUCAAGUACUGCCGUCAUUCUGAAUACCUAAACUAUUUGCAUUGGUGGGCCGAGCAGAGAAAAGAUGGGAUACAGGUGAUCUGUGAGAAGCUGGAGUUUACGGGCCUUCCCUCCUCAAUCCAGGAAUUGGCAAUAAAGUCCACACACUGGAAUAUAUAUAAACUUGCAUUGCUAGCCCAUGGCCUGGGCCAGAUGAAAAACCUCCAGAAACUCAUUUUCAUGAACACCAGGAGACCUGCUGACCUUAGGGACCUAGAGGAAGCCCGUAUUGUUACAGAGAUCUUUUCAGAGUUCUCCAAACUCCAGCAUCUCCAUUUGAAUAAUGUCUACUUCCUGAAUGAACGCCUGGACCUAAUGCUCAGGUGCUUUGAGCAUCCAUUAGAGACCCUUGCUAUCACUUAUUGCAGGCUUUCAGAAUCAGACAUGAGGUAUCUGUCCCAGUGUCCAAGCAUCCAUCAGCUCAAAUACCUGGACAUUAGUUACACCACCUUCAAGUCUUUAAGUCAUCGAUUUCUAGGAAGCCUACUAGAAAGACUGACAGCUACUCUGCAGACAUUAAAAUUGAAGUGCUUUAACCUCACGGACUUCCAAAUCCAUGACCUUCUGCCUGUGCUGAGACAGUGUUCUCAGCUCACUGAAGUUGAAUUUGUGUCGAACACAUUUUCCAUGGGCAGCCUGAAGAAGCUGCAGCAGCAUACUGCCAACCUCACACAGCUGACCCUGGAGAAGUACCCUGCCCCUGUUGAAGUCUAUGAUGACCAUCAUGGUGUUAUUCCAGACAGAUUUGUACAACUUUGUUCUGAGCUUAUGAACACACUCAAGGGUGUAAGGCAGCCAAAGCAGGUCUAUUUUGUGAGUACGACAUGUUUACCUAAUUAUGAAUUCCUCAUUUAUAAUUUGGAGGGCAUGGUAUCUUCUGAGCAAUUAAGAAGGAGAGGUCAUUGCUGGGCUCUGAUAAAUGGUCUCAAGAGACUCAUUAGUGUUAUAGAACAUAUGUAUUCAAGCAUUUUUGGAUGUACUUUGGAAAGAUAA